GCGGGUGCUGGGGCGGGAGCGGCGUGGAGGGAGCGGUGACUCCGCUGCCGGGCAGGGACGCGCCCUCAGCAGCCGGGCGAAGGCGGUUCCGCGCUUGGCGGAACAAGAAACGGGAAAGGAAGGGAGCGGCACCGGGAACCGGUAUCGCCGGCCACCAUUAGUGGUGGCGGGAGCAGCCGCAGCCGCGAGGUCCGCAGGCGGAGCGGAGCCCGGGUGCCGCCAGCGGCAGCGAGCGGGACUGUGCCCGCCUCGCCCCUGUGUGCGGGGCGGCAGCUGCCCGCCGGGGGCUUCGCCGGCGCCGAGGCAGGAUGGAGCAAUUAUCAGAUGAAGAACUUGACCAUGGUGCAGAAGAAGAUAGUGAUAAGGAAGAUCAGGAUCUGGACAAGAUGUUUGGGGCCUGGCUGGGGGAAUUGGACAAACUCACACAGAGUUUGGACACAGACAAACCUGUGGCACCAGUGAAGAGAUCACCUCUCCAUCAGGAAACCAAUCUUGCCAACUUCUCAUAUCGCUUUUCCAUGUAUAAUUUGAAUGAAGCCCUGAAUCAGGGGGAGACUGUGGAUCUAGAUGCCCUCAUGGCUGAUCUCUGUUCCAUAGAGCAGGAGCUCAGCAGCAUUGGAUCUCAUUCAGCAAACAAUGCUGCAGUGAAACGCCUUGCCACAGAAUCCAAGGCUCAGAAACCACCUGCUAGCCAACCUUCUACUAAGCACAGCAGCAUGAAAGGAUUAUCGUCCUCAUCUGUUAAGGUGACUAAACCAUCACAUGCCAACGUGUCUUUGGAUGACAUCACUGCACAGUUAGAGAAGGCCUCUUUGAGCAUGGAUGAAGCAGCCCAGCAGUCUGUUGCAGAAGACACCAAACCAGUAGUUGCUGCUCAGCACAGGAGGACAGCAUCUGCUGGCACAGUGAGUGAUGCUGAGGUGCGCUCCAUCAGUAACUCCUCCCGUUCAAGUGUAACUUCUGCAGCCUCCAGCAUGGACUCCUUGGAUAUUGAUAAGGUGACAAGACCUCAGGAACUGGACUUAACAUCGCAAGGCCAACCGAUCACUGAGCACUCCUAUUUGGACAGGGAAACCUCCCUCCUUCUGAGAAACAUUGCAGGAAAGCCUUCUCAUUUGCUGACCAAGGAGGAACAGGCUGCUAAACUCAAAGCUGAGAAGAUUAGGGUUGCGUUAGAGAAGAUUAAAGAGGCCCAAGUGAAAAAGUUGGUGAUCAGAGUUCAUAUGUCUGAUGACAGUUCAAAAACAAUGAUGGUGGAUGAGAGGCAGACAGUGAGACAAGUGUUAGACAAUCUAAUGGACAAAUCACAUUGUGGUUACAGUUUAGACUGGUCAUUGGUGGAAACUAUCUCUGAAUUGCAAAUGGAAAGGAUCUUUGAAGAUCACGAAAAUUUAGUUGAAAAUCUUCUGAACUGGACAAGAGAUAGUCAAAACAAAUUAAUGUUUGUGGAACGUAUAGAGAAAUAUGCACUUUUCAAGAAUCCCCAGAACUAUCUUCUGGGGAAGAAAGAAACCUCUGAAAUGGCAGACAGAAAUAAAGAGGUGCUGCUAGAGGAAUGUUUCUGUGGAACUUCUGUAACCGUGCCAGAGAUUGAAGGAGUUUUGUGGUUGAAAGAAGAUGGUAAGAAGUCUUGGAAGAAACGUUACUUUCUUCUUCGAGCUUCUGGAAUCUACUACGUCCCUAAAGGAAAGGCAAAGGUCUCACGGGAUCUCGUGUGCUUUCUACAGCUAGAUCAUGUCAAUGUUUACUAUGGACAGGACUAUCGGAACAAAUACAAAGCACCCACAGACUAUUGUUUAGUGCUAAAGCAUCCUCAGAUUCAGAAGAAAUCCCAGUAUAUCAAGUAUCUUUGCUGUGAUGAUGUAAGAACUCUACACCAAUGGAUAAAUGGCAUCCGCAUUGCUAAGUAUGGGAAGCAACUCUUCAUGAACUAUCAGGAAGCACUGAAGAGAACAGAAUCGGCAUAUGACUGGACUUCCUUGUCUAGCUCCAGUAUCAAGUCAGGCUCCAGCUCAUCUAGUUUGCCAGAAUCUCAAUCAAAUCAUUCUAAUCAGUCUGACAGUGGAGUUUCUGAUACCCAGCCCGCUGGACAUGUCCGUUCCCAAAGUAUUGUCAGCUUCAUGUUCUCUGAAGCCUGGAAGCGAGGCACUCAACUGGAGGAAUCCAGCAAGGCCCGAAUGGAGCCUGCAGGUCGGCCCUUCGUGUCUGUGCCACCUCCUGUAUCCCCGCAGACAAAAGUGGCAACUCCCUACACAGCAUCGCAGCCAUCCCCCCCGUUGCCCCCACCGCCUCCCCCUCCCCUGCCCCCUCCACCCCCUCCUCCCCCACCCCCACCCCCACUCCCCAGCCAGGCUGCCCCAUCUGCAGGCUCACCCGCCACCAUGUUUGUCAAGUACAGCACCAUCACUAGAUUGCAGAAUGCUGCCCAGCAUGGUGGGCAUUUUUCCAAAGUUCCUGUGGCACAGCAAGCCCCCCCAACCCCCCCACCCUCAGGAAAGCCUCAGAUACUGGUGCCCCCGAACGGGGUCAUGCCACCUCCCCCACCUCCCCCUCCUCCCCCCACACCAGGCUCAGCCAUGGCACAGCUGAAGCCAGCACCUUGUGCCCCCUCUGUGCCACAGUUCACACCACCCCCUCCGCCACCCAAAAUCCAUCAGGUUCAACCAAAUAUAAGCCAGGCCACUGUCACUGCCACCCCUUCAUUGCCACCUCCUCCUCCUCCUGUGCCUGCCCCACCACCACCCCAGGCACCCCCAAAGCCUGUCAUGGCAACACUUCCUCUGCAGCCUAGUGGGAAGGCAGUGUCACCAGGGGUCACACAUGUUCCCCCCCCAGUGCCAGCUCCCUUGCCUCUUGCAGUAAAGAAACAACCAAGUGUCACCUCUCCACAGGUGCCUCCACUGCCCCCAGCCCCUCCUGGCCCCAUUCCCCCUCCAACAUUCCCAAAGCAACAGAGUUUCUCUGUGAAGCCUCCUCCAUCCCCUCAGUCCCCAGUGCCAUCAGUGGUGAAACAGAUAGUGAGCCAGUUCCCACCUCCUCCUACCCCAUCUGCCACUGACCCCCAGCCUCUGAAACCCCUUCCACUGAGUGUGGCUCCACAGUCACCUCCAGCAGUCAAGGCAAAGCCCAAAUGGCAGCCCACUUCUGCUCCCUCACCAGAUUUCCCCCCUCCUCCACCUGAGAGCAGCUUAGCGUUUCCUCUUCCACCUCCUUCCCCAGCUUCCUCUGCAGGUUCUCCCCCUCCUGACAAAUCAGGGUCUCCAGUCAAAAAGACCAGCAAGACAUCAAGCCCUGGAGGAAAGAAACCACCUCCAACACCUCAGCGAAAUUCCAGCAUCAAGUCCACCAGCUCCACUGAGUACCAUGAGUCCAAGAGACCUUCAGUGGAUCGCCUUGUCAGCAAAUUUGCACACCCACCAGAGCCGUCAGGAUCCCCUUCCAAGGAGUCAUCACCUCCUGCAGCCCCCCCAAAGCCAGGAAAGCUCAACCUUUCUGGGGUGAGCUUGCCCAUUGUCCUUCCACAAGGAGGGAUCCCGGCCAAGGCUUCUGCUCCAAGUGCAUCUGGGAAGGAACCUGUGGUUGAAUUCCCUUCACCACCAUCCGAUUCAGACUUUCCACCGCCACCACCUGAAAUAGAUCUUCCUCUCCCUCCAGUUGAGAUCCCAUCUGUGUUUUCAGAUAGCACUUCCCCAAAAGUUGCUGUUGUCAGUCCUCAGCCUCAGGCAUGGUCAAAACCAUCUGUGAAAAAAGCCCCACCACCCACACGUCCAAAGCGGAACGACAGCACUCGACUGACGCAGGCGGAGGUUGCAGAGCCACCGGGGUCAGCUGCCUCUCAAGUGCCCACUUCACCAAAGUCCAGCCUUAGCGUUCAGCCAGGAUUCCUGGCAGACCUCAACCGGACACUGCAGCGGAAAUCCAUCACACGGCAUGGUUCCCUCUCCUCCGCACGGAUGUCCAGAACAGAGCCCACAGCCACCAUGGACGACAUGGCCCUGCCUCCGCCUCCACCAGAGCUCCUGGCUGACCAGCCGAAGACGAGCAGCUUUGGGGGCAGUCACAUAUCUGGCUAUGCAACGCUGCGGAGGGGGCCACCCCCCGCGCCUCCCAAAAGGGAUCAGAACACCAAGCUGUCACGGGACUGGUAGUCAGUGCCUGGGGGCUCUUCGUGACUCAUGGGCCACUGUGUGAUCAGCCACCCUGUGACCUUUGAGAGAAUGUGGGGACAUGGAUGAUAGUUCCAUCAAAAGAGGUGAUCUCAAGGUGUAGCUAGGGCUAAACACAGACGUUCCCCUUUCGUGGCUAGGCCAAAAAAGUUGCAGGCUUGAAGGGUGUUGAUAUUUUCUUCAGAAAGGUGGGUAGAGAGGCAUCGAGUUAUCCUUUCCAUUUAUUUUGCCUGUCAUAUAGAUUGGACCAAAAACCCAUUUUCUUACUUUUUACACUUUUUCUGGGGGGCGGAGACAAUUUUUUGUAGUGUCUGUCCAUGUGAGACAUGUUUGUGCAUGUAUUAUAAGUGUAGGUAAAUAAUAUAUGGUGAUAUAUUUCGUCGCAAUUAUAGAAGGUAACCAGAAUGUUUUUGUAGAGCCGUAUUUAUUGUUUCAGUCACUAUAUUAUCUGGAAUCAGACUCUGUAACUAGUCAAAUCUUACCACAAAAAUGAAGACCUAAGAGGCACUUUAAAGAAAGGAAGAGAAACAAAACCCACAGACCUCUUUUGUGGUGGGUAAAUGGUGCAGAGCUGAGGUGUUCUGCUAGUAACUGUACAUUGUCCACUGAUUGAAAAGUACAGAUGCAACAUACCAAAACAUUCUGGUCAUAAUACUACUGAAAAUGAGUUCUGAGGAAGAAAAUAGAUUUUAUAUAUAGUGGGCUUCAGUGAAAUAUAUUUAUAGUAUCAAGAGCCUCCCCCUCCCUUCCAAACAGUUGAAAAAUACACACUGCGACAAAUUAUUUCAAAGUUAUUUGUCCAUGUAGUAAGUAGGAUAUAUAUUAUUCCAAUCCAUUAUGCAUUCUGACUUUAUAUAGUAGGCUUGUUCAUUUGUUCCUGUGGCUCAAGAUGAAUAUAUUUGUGUUAACCCCUUCUGAAAGCUGCCAGGACUCCUGCAGUCGAUGCCAACCCACAAGGCUGACCCACGCUGAUACUUCACUUGUACGUGUAAUUCUUUCCCUGAGUGAACAGGUAGGUUUCUGUGGAGUGCAUUAUGUUCUCGCACAAGCAUACACAGUGUACAGUCUCACCUUGUCUGUGCCUGAUAAAAGAUGUGUUAUCUUUACAAAAAAAGUGUCUGAAAACAUUUAAAGAAAGUAUUGUUUGUAAUUAAUUAGAAACUUUCUAAAAGACAGAAGGGAGUGGUAAUUUCAGGCCAAGCACAGUGGGAUGUCUCUCUUUUCUUUGACCUACCAGAGGCUGUGACCAAUGCAUAAACAAAUCACAAAGUUGCACUUCUGGCAGUCAAGGGAGAAGAAGGGGGAAAAAAACAAAGUUGAGAGGCAGUAACAUUUGCAAAUUCAUUUAAAGACCCAUUUGAGUAGGAAAUAGUUGUAUUUGCUCUGGGUUUUUUUGUUUGCCACAGUCAAUCACUCGAUCAAGUACUAGAGUCCUUUUUCUUGUACUUCAGUAGCUUGGUUGUACAGUCUUACCCACAUAUUCAGACAUUGUGAUAAGGUAGUGGAAUCAGCGUAAGUGGUCUUAUGGAUCAGGCAUGUUCAUGACUGGGUAGUGGGACACAACCUUUGUAAAAAGUAACUGAAAUAAUUGGGCUGUACCUACCUUAUCUUUGGUUGUUACAACUUCCCUCAUCACCAUGGGGAUACUGUCAAGGCUCAGAUGGCAAAUGAUUUUACUGCUUGUUUACCUUUUCUCCUAAAGAAAAUUUUAACUGCUUUCCUUUAUCUAAAUAAUCAGACAAAGCAAGUGACUUGACCUGACAGUAUCCUCAGAUGCAAUCCUACUUUAGCGUGUAAAAAAGAUGUUAACUAAUCUUUCAAUAGAGUAAUUCAGGCUCAUAGUUUUAAGAAAUAUUGUGACAGUGCCCCCUAUUCCUUUUUUUUUUUAUAAAGUGUUUUUUUAAAAAAAAUCCAAAUAACAAAAUAGAUGUUUUUGUGAAUAAUUUAUGAUAGGAAAAAACUUUGCUAAUUAGAGGGGGAAAAUGACACAUCUAUAAUUAUAUAGUUUUAAAUAAGUGCAUCAUGAAAAGAGAAACUUUAAUGGUGCUGUCUCUGCUGACUUGUUUCGUAUGAUUUUUUUAAAAAUUUUGUUUCAGCACCUCUGGAAAUUGUUUUAAUAUUCAGAUUAGUUUUUUUGAGCAAUAAGAGUAUAUACCAUUGUGUGCUUUUUAAAGCACUGCUAUGGAAAGGCACUUUUUUGUAUCUUCCAAAUUGUUCACAAAGUUUUGUUUCUACUAUUUUUGUGCUUACGAAGUGUCCUUAAAAGCAUCUGCAUUGUUGACUUUAAGCAUGCUCAGUGUAGCUGGCAAAUAACUUCACAGGAAGGUUGUUAAGCUACACUGCAAUUCAUGGGUGCUGUAAUUUUCAACAUUGGUCCUCCUGCUGCUUUGUACUGUUUGCAGCUCCUGGGCUCAUACCCACCAGUGGAACAAAAAAGUUUGCAGAUAGAGCCGUAACUCCCAGCUGUUACUCAGAAUAGGUAUGUGGACACAUCCUCCUACUCGCUGGCAAGAUGCAUCUGGGCUAAUGCAGCAUAUGCUCCCAGAUGAGAGCAGUCAGGGAAUUUUGCUUGCCCCAUCUGUUUUUCUUUUCCCCCAUGACAUCUCCACUGGUGUGUGUCAGUUCCAGUACUUCUUUUGUUCAUUCAGUGCGGGUACCUCUGGGCUUUGGACUCGGCAGAGUGAUGUUUUGAGUGUAGCUUCUUGAGAGGCAUUUGAGUGUUCUCAUUUUCCUGUGUGUAAGUUCAUUUACCCAGUGUCUCUCUCCCUAAACAAUGGACUCAUGCUUACUGCUGCAGGCUGUUACACAGCUUGCUGGGAGACACAAGUUUGGUUCUUAAGUUUGCAGCAAAAAGAAUGAGUGUCAGCAAAGGUGGCACCCUGUAUUCCUUCUUCUUACAACUUACUCUGAAGCCAGCAGGGAUACAGAAAUACAGUCAGUGGUGCAGCGUGCUUUCUCUCAGCUGAGCACUGAAAUUUGGCUACAGUGUUUCAGACAAUCUGGUUGCCUUUUCAGCUUAUGAGACCCCUCACUGUAACUUACUUUUCCAGUGCAUUUACUGUUUUUGUGACAGCAAAUAUUUAUGCCUUAUUUGCAAGUAAGUUAUUUUCCCCUGUGUGCACUGGUCUCAUAAUUGCACCAUUAUGUUGAUUUAAAUCAGAAAACAAAGAGGCCAGAUCUUGGAUAAACAGAAAGAAGGUUCCUUCUACAAACAUGGGCUGUAAUCCUUUUGACUCUACUGAAAUGAGGAUGUGAGAGUUGAGCUUUCAUGCUCUGGACACUUUGAUCCUAAAAUAUUAAGAGAGUACAGGUGUAGUUGUGGUACAUGAUGAAGCGUAUGGCAUUGAUGCUUGUUAAGGCUGGGUGAUAGCCUGGCUGCUGCAGGGAUAGCUGAGAGCACACAGCUGCAUUUGUUAAUCUGUUCCAGAUCUGGUCUUAAAUUUGCCCUCUGCCAUACAGCAGUGACAUCCACCUCUGUGAGCAGAGGGUCCCUCCUGUGCCUGUGGCAUAGGUGUAAAAAGCAGGGAGCUAAGACUUCUCAGACAGUCUUUGUAAUUCAGGUUUCGGUAAGUAGCUGUAGAAGGGAAAACUAGACUCUUAUAUUAGCACUAAUCUUAGAAGAGAAUUUAUUUUACAAAAACAUGUUUGAGGUGGAUGUGCUGGCGGGUUGUUUAGUCUUUCAAAACGUGGUUGGGGGAGGAGGUUAGACACAAGUCUCUCAAAAAAAUAAUACUGUUAUUUUCUAUGGAAAACCCCUGCUUCACCCUGUGUAGUGAUUUCCUCCUGCAGCAAACCGCCACUGCUUGCUCUGACUUGGUGCACAACCUCAAAGCCAAAGAGCUCCUCUCCUGAACUUACUUUGCAGUUUCCUGCAGGGCAACACAGACUGACACAACAGGGAGACAAAGUGAAGGUACCUUGAUCACUUUGGUUUCAGGUCUGAUGGGAGAGGCAGCAGUUUUUUCAGCAACUAGAUUUUACGAUUUUACUGUUCUGAAUUUGCACAUCUAAAGGUUUUCUAAUUUCUUUUUUCUGUGCUCUUAGGCAACCAGGUAAUUCAAAUCAGCUCAGAGAUAAAGUGUGGCCAGUUUUGUGCUGAGUUAAAAUUAUUUUUUCCACAGUUAAAGGAACCAAAACUGCCAUUUCAGCAGAAGGGCAAAAGAGAAAUAUUCUGCUUAUUACAGAAAACUGCAUAGAGCUAAAUUGUUUUACUUCAAUCAUAGCAUUGCAGGUAAAUUUCUUAUGGAAAAUAAGAUUUUAAGUGUAUCUUAAUGCAUUACAUAAAACAGUCAUUAAUAGUCAUGGUAAAAUCUGUUGCGCUCCAGGAAAACAAUAUAAAUUCCUGACAGAAGGUAGUGAGGACAGAGCUAGAGUGUGUGAGUUUGUUGGUCAGUUGUUGUUUUUUUCCUUUUUUCAUUGUUCAGAUGUAGAUUGUGUACUUGUUCAAAGAGUGCUCCUUAUGUGGAGGUGAGGGGAGUCUUUGGGGGAGGAGGUGUUUUCCCAAAGCCCAUUUGUGGCUCCUGCUGUUUAGCUUUGUAGUCCUUCACACAAUUGGGGCAGACUCCAAACCUGAAAGAAUUUAACACUACAGGAGAUUAUUUCUCUUAGACUUUCUUGUAAUGUAGUGGUGGAUUUUAACCUUUUAUUUUUUAAUUAAAAGUUUGUCUGAAAUUGAGUGAUCCAGUGAGUCACAGGUUUUGUCUAGUUUUGAAAAACUGAAGACACUAAACUGCAAAUGAGGUGACAAAACAUGCUCAUUCCUCACCAUGUAAAUUAAAGUAAUUGCCACUAGCAUGGGAAAAAUAGUGAUUUUGCAUUGAUGGCUGUUUGGGGCUCUGAGGCACUCAACAGGGCAAGGACUCAGUAGCUCUCUGUUCAUCAGAAGUGUGUAUCCUUGGUGAGGCGAGCUAGAGAAGUUGGAAGAACAGGAGGAACAGGAACUAGUGCUACAUGCACAGUCCCCCACGGCAGGGAUCUAGUGAGGGAAAUGAGUGAGAAGGAACUUGAGUAACAGAUUUUGGAACCCCUCCUUUUUUUAAAUGCUUAAUGGGGACAUGGCUUUAGGAGACUUAGGAACUGAAUCAACUGUUCUCUACAGUGGAGAAUAAUUUCCUCCCAUCUUUCCCAAGAUGCCAAAGAUGCAUUUGGAGCUAAAUUCCAAGUACGCAUGUGUGCUUGGACAAGCCUCUCCUGAGGCUUAAGUUCCCAGGAACUGAAGUGCUGCUGAUCUGCAGCAGCUGUUAGGAAGAGAACAGGGCUGCCACUGUCGGGUGUCAUGCAACUCUUGACUUGAACUGAGUGGGUACACAUCUGCAGGGGGCAGGGACAAAGGACAGUUUAGCAAAUGAAUCUGCCCGAGGCUCCCUGCUGCCAAUGUGGUGCAGUGCUAUACAGGUUGAACUCGUAAAAGGAAAACUAACUUUUAAACCAACUGUUGUCACAUGUUGUAAUUGCAAAUUUUAGGUCUCCUUCUAGUGGACUGCAAUGGACCAGAAUUUAAACUGGAGCAGGAGUUUGUUUUAUGGCAUACACUAAGUGUUAGCAGCCACUGGUGAUACUCUGUAUAGUACUGGGGAUGCAAAUAUAAGAAAAAGAAGUGUCAUUGCAAUGAUGAUUUGUCUGUGCAGCAAAAUUGUGCUGAGUGCUGUAAAUACAUUCAUGUUUACUGCUUUAAAAAGAAAAUUGCACAUUUUAUCUUUUAGUGGGAUUGCCUCCCCUCCUCUUUCCUUUCCAAAAAAAAAAACAAAACAAAACAAAUCAAAGCUCUUUUAGACUUGAUACCUUCAGGUUGGGGGGAGCUUUGCCAUAUUAUAAAUAUAUAUAAAUAUAUGUAUAAAUAUACUUUUUUAAGCAUGGGAGAGGAUGAAAGAAAUACAUUAUAGAGUACCCAAUAUAGAUCAUUAUACAAUGGAAUAUGCACAAUUCAAUAAAGAUGUAGUUAAAUUUAAUAAUCUGUUUUAAUCCUCUGUCUUGCCAUUGUCCUUUUUCAUGAGUUCAGAACCAACAUUUUGUUCUCGGGUGUCACGGUUUAACGCUGGGCCAGCAAUUAAACAAAUGACAGAUGCUCUCUAUUAACCAUUCUCUCACAGUAACUAUAAACAGGGAGCAUUAUCAGUCCUAGAAGCAGACACUGAAAAACAUGCUGUUCAUUUCAGCAGUUGCAACUACUUACAGGAGACUUAACUGAAAAGUAAAAUUACUAGAAAGAAAAUUGGUUCUGUCCUGGCUCAAACCAGUGGUUCUCCUCUGUAGGGAUCAGAUACCUGAUGGCCUACAUGUUAUCAUAAUCUAUAUGCUCACGUUCAAUAAACUUACUUUUUUAUUGUU